GUUGGAGAGAGUCCUAAUAGACAGAGAUAACACCAGAGUAAUCUUGUUUCUUGUGGGGUGGGGCAGCCCCAAGACACUCAACUGCAAAGGAAAAGAAGUGGAGAAUGUCUUCACUAUUCGGACCCCGGAAGAUGCCAAUAGGAUCGGGAAGCUGGCCCGCGGGAGGAACGCCGUGGUGGUUGGGGCUGCCUUCUUGGGGAUGGAGGUCGCCGCGUACCUGAAUGACAAGGCGCACUCCGUGUCUGUUGUGGAGUUGGAAGAGACGCCCUUCCGGAAGUUCCUCGGGGAGAAGGUUGGCCGAGCACUCAUGAAGAUGUUUGAGAACAACGGGAUCAAGUUUUACAUGCAGACCGAGGUCUCGGAGCUUCGGGCCCAGGAGGGGAAGCUGAAGGAGGUGAUAUUGAAGAGUGGGAAGGUGGUCCGGGCUGACGUCUGUGUGGUGGGCAUCGGCGCCGUCCCCGCCACAGGCUUCCUGAAGCAGAGCGGGAUCAGCAUGGACGCGCGGGGCUUCAUUCCUGUGAACAAGAUGAUGCAGACCAACGUCCCGGGCGUCUUCGCGGCCGGGGACGCCGUCACGUUCCCGCUGGCCCUGAGAGGCAACAAGAAAGUGAACAUUCCGCACUGGCAGAUGGCCCACAUCCAUG